GGCACCCUCUCUCUCUCUCUCUCUCUCUCUCUCUCUCUCUCUCUCUCUCUCUCUUCUGUGUUGUCAUCCUUUCUUCUUCGUCCUCUUCUCUCUCUUUCUUCAAAGCAGAAGACAACAGUCAACACAAUUUCAUAGCCCCACAAGAAAGAAAGAGAAAAGCCCCCCCCCCCCCUCCCAGAAUUCUCUGCUGAUGAAUCUGCAAUUUCCCAAGUGAAAAAAUCGGGAUUUCCAGCUGAAAAAUGGGGGUUUUCUUGUGGAUCACGAGUAAUCUUCUGUAAAAACUUGUUUUUUUUAAAAAAAAAAUCUGGUUUUUUUGGGCAUCCGAGGAAGUCUAUUUUUUUUAAAGAAAUGGAGUCCCACCAAGACAAAAACAACAACAAUCAGAGCAAUACAGACCAUCAUCAUCAUCAUCAUGAUCAUCACCAACACCAUCAUCUCCAAAGCACUUCGGUCCAACCGGUCCCAUUCAUGAGCUCCAUUUCUGGUCCAAUCACCACCGCCGCAGCCGCCGGGAGCAACGCGAACGCAAACACCGCCGUCGUCCCCGCCGCAAAAACCGGCGUGAAGCGGCCGUCGAAGGACAGACAUACGAAGGUAGACGGACGCGGUCGGAGAAUCCGCAUGCCAGCUAUCUGCGCUGCUAGGGUUUUCCAGCUAACCAGAGAAUUAGGGCACAAAUCCGACGGAGAGACGAUCGAGUGGCUCCUCCAGCAGGCGGAGCCCGCAAUCAUCGCCGCCACCGGCACCGGAACCAUCCCGGCCACCCUCAACGUCUCCCUACGCAGCAGCGGCACCACCAUCUCCGCUCCGCCGUCUAAAUCCGCGCCUUUGUCCUUCCACAGCUCCGCCGCCUUGUCGCUCUACGACGGAGACCCAUCUCGAAAAUUCAUCGGGAGAGCCCAAAACGCCGCCGUUUACGGCUUCCACCACAACCACCACCAGCUUUACCAGAACCCCACGGAUUCUUCUUCUACUACUUCUUCUUCUUCUUCUCUCACGAAGCAUUUCAGGGAAGAAGAUCUCUUCAAGGAAUCGAACACCGAACCGGGGGGUUCGGGUUCUCCUAAACCGGAUCAAGAACCGGGAUCGGCUCGGUCGGCAACGCAGAGCAUGAUUCCGCCGGCACCGAUGUGGGCGGUAGCGGCGCCGGCAACGACGAACGGGGGGAGCGCGUUUUGGAUGCUUCCGGUGGGCGGUGGCGGAGGAGGGGCCGGCAUGGCAGAGCCUCCGCCGUCGAUGUGGGCGUUUAACCCGGGUCAUUACUCGGGCGGUGGGCGGGUUGGGUCGGUCUCGCUCGGGUCGAUGAUGGUGCAACAGGCGGUGGGUGGUGGUCAUCAGCAGAUAGGGUUGGGAGUGGUGGAGAGUAAUAUGGGGGUUUUGACAGGCGGAGGAGGAGUCGCCGGAGGUUACGGCGGAGGAGGGAGGGUGGGUUUGGGGAUGAGUUUGGAGCAGCAAGCUCCUCCGCCGCAUCACCAGCUUCAAGGUGAGAACCAGAGGCAGGCGAGGGACAGUGGAGACGAAAACCCUACUGGGUCUCAGUGACAGUGAAGUGACGUCAUAAUUAAUAAUAAUUCUCUUUUUUUUUUUAGUGAUUUUGUUGUUUUUUUAAGUGUGAUUUUGUGGAUUUUUUUUUUGUCGUUGCUGAGAAUUUCAAUGUAAAUAUUGCAUUUUUAGGCGUCGGGAUUGCCGAUUGUUUUCCAAGAUUAACGUGGAUUUUCUUGCUUAA